AUGAUCGAAUCCCAUUUUUGCGAAAACCCUAGCACAGCACCAGCCAGCUAACUUCACUAUCCGUAAUAGAUACAUACACUGACCGUGUAUGUAUACAUCGUAGAGCCACAGUAAGGAUUUGGAAGAAAUGGCAUCAAUGUCGAUCCUAACGCGGUCGCGGCCGUUGAUCAGAACGAUAUCGCCCGGCCACAGAUGCAUCACCGCCGUCUCAUUUCUCUCGCAGGAAGCUCAGCUGGCGGAGGCUCCGUCACCGGCGCUUCCAACGCAGGGUGCUACUCCGCUUCCGCCAAACCCGGUCGCCGGCAGCCAAAUGUACACGAACAAUUGGCUCGCUUCUGCGUCGUCGGGCUCUCACCUCGUUCCGCUGAGUCUAAUGCAGCAGCCGCAGUCGUCUCGCGUUCAAGCCCUGUCGCAGACGCUGGACGCUCAAGGUUUGAAGGAUUACUUCAGCAAUUGGAUGACGGAGUCGCGGUGGCUGGACGUAAAGCAGCUGUUCGAGUUCUGGAUCAAGUCGUUGGACAAAAAUGGGAAACCCAACAAGCCUGACGCGAACUUAUACAACCACUAUUUGAGGGCCAAUCUGAUGCUCGGUGUUCCGGUAGAUGAAUUGAUGAGCUUAGUGCAGCACAUGGAGGAUUUUGGACUUGUUCCCAAUACCGCAUCUCAGAAUUUGAUCUUGAAAGCUAUGUACCAGUCGGGCGAGCCUAUGAUUUUUGUCGAAGCGGCUCAAAAGUUGAUAGAAUGGAUGCUUGACGUUGGGAAAGAGAAUAAAGAUUCUUUGCCGGAUGAUGAGUCAUAUGACUUGGUUAUUGGCUUGCUUUUUAAAGCAAACCAGACUGAUGCUGCCUUUAAGUUUGUUGAUUUUGUCUUAACAUCUGGGUACACUAUGUCAUCAAAUGUAUUCAAUCAGUGCAUAAGGAGAUGUCUUGAUAACAAUAGGCUGGAUACAUUGUUAUCAAUAAUAGAGAAAUGCAAGAAAUCUGAUCAGAACAAGAAGGUAGUUCCAUCUUGGAACUUAUGCAACGUAUUGGCAGAUCAUGCAAUAAAGGAAGAUAACAGUGAACUCACCUUUUCUGCCUUGGACUUCUUUGUGAAAUGGAUUGUUAGAGGGCAAAAUGUGAGGCCCCCUGUUUUACUUUCUGUAGAUGAAGGACUGCUUGUGGCUGCACUUGGAACUGCCGGUAGAAACUAUUCUUCUAAACUCCUGAAUGGUGCUUGGGAAAUCCUUAAGCGCUCACUACGCCAGACAAGGAGUCCUAAUCCUGAAGCUUACCUUGCUAAGAUCUAUGCCCAUGCUUCGAUGGGUCAGUUACAGAAUGCUUUUGCCUCACUGCAUGAAUUUGAGAAAGCCCAUGGAAAUCCCAUCGAUGUUGAUGCAGAAGAAUUAUUUUCACCAUUUACCACUUUGAAUCCACUGGUUCUUGCUUGCUGCAGGAAUGGGUUUUCAACUUUGGAUACAGUUUACUAUCAACUGGAGAAUUUAAGCCGUGCUGAAAUCCCUUAUAAGUCUGUUGCUGCUCUAAACUGCAUCAUUUUGGGUUGUGCCAAUAUAUGGGAUAUUGACCGUGCUUAUCAGACUUUUGCAGCAAUUGAGGCCUCAUUUGGGUUGACACCUAAUAUCCAUUCAUACAAUGCUCUAAUACAUGCUUUUGGUAAGCUAGGCAAGAGGGAUGAAGCUACAAAGGUGUACGACCACUUGACAGGAUUAGGCUUGAAGCCAAAUGCAACAACAUACUCCCUACUUGUGGAUGCUCAUCUCAUUAAGCGAGAUCCAAAGGCUGCUAUCUCUGUUAUUGAUGAUAUGGUAAAGGCAGAAUAUAUACCAACAAAGGAAAUGCUAAAGAAGAUCCGAAGGCGAUGCACUAGAGAGAUGGACUAUGAAGCUGAUGACAAGGUGGAAUCACUUGCCAAACAGUUCCAAAUUCGAAUGGGUUCAGAGACUCGUCGGGCCUUACUGUUUGGUCUUCAAUACAGCAGUAUUGAGUAUGCAUGAAAAUGACAACAGUUUUCCGACUAUUCUACUUGGGCAUCUAGCCAUUGAUCAUUCAGUCUGGCAAGUGACAAAGUUUUCUUGUCAUUCUUGGCAAGCCAUCAUUCUCUGUUUGUAAAUUACUAAUUAAAUAAUGGUUUGUACUGAGCCCUGGCAGGAUGAGCUCGUCUUGGUUUUUUGUUUACUCGUGUAUUUUUCUUUUUAUUUUUAUCAUUAAUUUUUACACAUUUUAGAAAGAAAUGCUUAGACAAUAUUUGUCUUGCAAUCAGCUUAUCUAGUGCUACCA